AUGACGCGCAAAGUGAUUCGAUCCAUCUUCCAGCUUGCUGGAGCGACUGUGGUCGCCUUUUGCUUCAUCGUCUUCCUCGACCGUAACUUCAGGGUGCUUCCCAAGUCUAUCCACAACUACAUGCCCCAACACAACCAUGGCAUGAUCGUCACCGACAUUACACUUGCCCAGUGCUCCAGUGUCAACCCCUUCGCCUCUUGCAAGCUUGAUCCUAAAGUGUGGCAGCGUGUUGAGAAGGACCUCUACCUCGGAAAGACUUGGACAUCACACGCGUACCUACACGUUGCGCGCAAGAAGGAGGAGGAGCUGUUGCCCGAUGAUCGCAUUGUGCUCGACGUCUCCGUCGGCCGACUCAACCCCACCAGCACCGGCACCAAGGGUGAUGAUCCCGAGCUCUGGGAGUCUCGUCCUGGCGGCCUCUGGGUGAAGCGGACCCCGAACCAGAAGCUCGGCGACUCCAAGGAUACCAUCACUGCUGUCGAUGUCCUCUUUGGCGAUGAUGCCGUCGAGGCACGUGACGGCUGGUCAAUCGCUGGCAAAACCCCCUUUCUUCUUGGAAUCAGCAGCGACACGCCCGUCUCCCAUCUCACCGUUCGCCGAGGCCCAGCCAAAGAUCCCAUCAAGCCCAAACCUCGAAUUCCCGACAACGGCAAGUUCAAGAUUAUGCAGCUGGCCGACCUUCACUUGAGCACCGGUGUUGGCAAAUGCCGUGAUGCGGUCCCCGAUAGCUACAACGGUGGGCCUUGCGAGGCUGACCCGAGAACGCUUGAUUUCGUGACAAGGAUUAUCGACGAGGAGAAGCCGAACCUGGUGGUCUUGAGUGGCGACCAGGUGAAUGGUGAAACGGCGCCUGAUGCCCAGUCCGCAAUCUUCAAAUUUGCACAAAUCCUGGUCAAGCGCAAAAUCCCCUACGUCGCCAUCUUCGGCAACCACGACGAUGAAGGCUCGCUUCCAAGGGCCACCCAGAUGGCUAUCAUGGAAGGCCUGCCGUACUCUCUCUCGAUAGCCGGUCCGGAGGAAAUUGACGGCGUUGGCAACUACUACAUCGAGAUUCUGGCCCGCGGCAGCUCAGACCACUCGGCCUUGACUAUCUACAUGCUAGAUUCACACUCGUAUUCGCCCAACGAGCGUACGUAUCAUGGCUACGACUGGAUUAAGCCGAGCCAAAUCACAUGGUUCAAGAACACAGCAUCCAACCUUGAGAAGAAGCACAAGGAUAUGUCGGUGAGUGGAAGGAGUGGCGUUACGGCACCCAACUUCAACUCGGGUUUCCGGGAUGCUCUUGUUGAGAAGGGAGUCGUCAUGGUCAGCGCCGGACAUGACCAUGUGAACGACUAUUGCGCCAUCUCCAACGACGCGAACAAGAAGCCAGCACUUUGGAUGUGCUACGGUGGCGGCGUCGGGUUCGGCGGAUAUGCCGGUUAUGGCGGCUACCACCGCCGCGUGCGGAUCUUUGAUGUUGACACCAACCAAGGACGCAUCAAGACAUGGAAGAGGCUUGAGUACGGCGACAUUGAGAAACGGAUCGACGAGCAGCUUAUCGUCGACCACGGCAAGGCUGUCUUGCCUUCGACGCCAUAA